AUGACGAGCGAUACAUCGAGCGGCCCGUCCACGGGUUUGGAGUUCUUAUUAGAACAGCCGCUGAAGCUGUAUCGAGAUUGCAUGCGCGUGGCGGAUUUCUUAGCGCACAAGCAAGGGUACCCUCGGGACGUUUUACGGGCCACCGUGCGAGAGCCGUGGCGCAGACACAUGCAUGAAAGCGACCCAGAGAAGAUUGGUAAGCUGCGAGAGGGCGCGAUUCGAGGGUUGAGUAAUUAUAUGAUGUACGAGGCGUCGAGAGGCGCGAUGGAGGGAACGCCGGCGUUCGCUCCGGAGGAGAAAGAUACGUGA